GGCUCGGUCCUGUGGAGACGGCGGCGGUGGCUGAGGCGGCCGGGCCGGGCUGACGCACCGGCGUAUUUGACAGAAAUAGCCCAGCGUCUCCGCGAUUUAAUAGGAGCCUCCCUCCACCCUCCCGAUCGACGAUUGUUUUACAUGAGGGGCAAAGAACGACGCCGGGAGGAGCCGAGGCGGAGAAGCAGUCGCAGCCCCCGAGGAUCGGCAGUGGGAGGAAAGGCAGGACCCCUGGGAACCGCUAUCGCCGCCACCAACGCUUCCCUCUUUUCCUCACCCUUCUCCUCCUCCUCCUCCUCCUCCUCCUCCUCCUUCUCCUCCACCUCCACCUCCACCAUAAGAGCCAGCCUUGAUUCGGCCCUUCCCUGCGCUUUCGCCACUAAGUGAUCCUCGUGACCCUCCUCCCUUGAGAAACCGGCUCCCAUGGGGGAGAGAGGAGUCCGGCUUCCCGCCAGCGUCGUCCCCUCCCCGGCGGAGACUGCUCCCCUCCAGAGACACUUGACUGCUGAUUUUCUGAGGUGAAAAUUUUCCUCUGCAGGCAGCCAGGAUUCAUCUGAAGGACACGUAAAUAUCGGAUCAUAAUAGAAGGCGAGCUUCAAAAAGCAGGAACCCACCCAGCCAGCCAGCCAGCCAGCCAGCAGCAGCAGCAGCAAGAAUCCACCCUUCGCCUGCUCAACUCAGUCUGUACACAUACACCCAGCACUCACUGAAUGCCAAUAUUUAGAGAUCAGAAAAAGGAACAAAUCCUCACACCCUCCCUCUCGAGAUAGAAAGGCCUUGUCAGAAGGGCAUCCGCAUAAGUCAUAUUAUUCAUAGUCCUACAGGCAAAGGCAGUAGCAGCACAGGUUGUGGGGGAGGGAAGUUUCUCUUCUAGAAUUUGCUUCCCUAAAGAGAUCCUGAGCUAAAAUCUUUACAUUUUCCACAGCAAAGACUGUUAGAGUAGAACACAGAUAUAUAUUAGAUUAUAUAGAAUUUAUUAAAUGAUUCCAGAUUUAAAUAUAUUUUUGGAGCUGUGAAGGAGUGAGGAGUACCAGAUGUCAUGGUAUCUUUUUUUCAUUAAUGUGUACGUGAGCAGGUUGAGGCAGUUGGUAAGACGAGAAAGUUAAUAUAUAUUAUAUCUAUAUAUAUCUAUAUAUAUCUUUUUUUAAAAAAAAUUCCCUGGAACUUUCUUUCAUCCCCACUUCAUUCUUGUGUAUUUCCUUUUUAAAAAAGGAAAGCUCUUAUUUUGUUAACCAAAGAUUUACUUUCCAUUCCUUCUGGCUAUUAGAGGGAAGUGAACACAAAUUGACCCAUGUCAAUAUUUUAAGUGAUCUCACUUACAAGAAUCCAGGAAAAAUAUCCAAAUCAGAUAUCUCAAGUGGGUAGGAAGAAAGUUUGUCAUAAAAAGAUAUUUUCUAUUCUGUUGCUUUAGUAGAAGAAAACCAUUUAAAGAUUUUUUUUUCUCUUUCCAGGAGGAAUUCAGAUUCUAAAAUAAAAUAAAUGGGGGAUUACGGGUUUGGCGUGUUAGUGCAGAACAACACCGGGAAUAAGUCAGCUUUUCCAGUCAGAUUUCAUCCACAUCUGCAGCCUCCACAUCACCAUCAAAAUGCAGCCCCCAAUCCUGCUGCUUUUAUAAAUAACACAGCUGCCAAUGGCAGUAGUGCUGGGUCAGCUUGGCUCUUUCCUGCUCCAGCUGCCCAUAAUAUUCAGGAUGAGAUUCUGGGGUCAGAAAAAUCGAAAAGUCAACAACAGGAAAAACAAGACUCCCUAGAAAAACAGCAGCUUUCCCCUAGUCAAAGUCAGGAAGCAGGCAUGCUGCCUGAUUCUGAGAAAGCUAAAUCUGAAGAAAGCCAGGGGGAUAAUUCUUCUGAAAAUGGCAAUGGGAAGGAAAAAAUAAGAAUAGAAUCGCCAGUGUUAACAGGAUUUGAUUAUCAAGAGGCUACAGGGCUAGGUACUUCAAGCCAGCCCCUGACAUCUACUGCAUCUUCUCUGACUGGUUUCAGUAACUGGUCAGCAGCAGCUAUAGCUCCUUCGUCUUCAACAAUAAUAAAUGAAGAUGCGAGUUUCUUCCACCAGGGAGGGGUGCCUCCUGCUUCAGCAAAUAAUGGUGCUCUGCUGUUUCAGAAUUUUCCACAUCAUGUCAGUCCUGGUUUUGGGGGUAGUUUUUCCCCUCAGAUUGGACCCCUCUCUCAGCACCACCCUCAUCACCCCCAUUUUCAACAUCAUCACAAUCAGCAUCAACAACAGAGGAGGUCUCCUGCAAGCCCUCAUCCACCUCCAUUUACACAUAGAAAUGCUGCUUUUAAUCAACUGCCUCAUCUUGCUAAUAAUCUUAACAAACCACCCUCUCCAUGGAGCAGCUACCAAAGCCCAUCACCUACACCAUCUUCCUCAUGGAGUCCUGGUGGUGGAUGUGGUGGGUGGGGUGGGUCCCAAGGGCGAGAUCACCGCAGGGGACUGAAUGGAGGAAUAACACCCCUGAAUUCCAUCUCACCCCUGAAGAAGAAUUUUCCAAAUAAUCAUAUCCAGUUGCAGAAGUAUGCACGACCCAGUUCCGUUUUUGCUCCAAAAUCUUGGAUGGAAGACAGUUUGAACAGAGCUGACAAUAUCUUUCCCUUUCAGGAUCGUACAAGAACUUUUGACAUGCAUUCACUGGAGAAUUCAUUAAUCGACAUAAUGAGAGCUGAAAGUGAUUCUCUGAAAGGUCAGUCCUCCCUGUUCCCAAUGGAAGAUGGGUUUCUGGAUGAUGGACGUGGGGAUCAGAGUCUCCAUAGUGGCUUAGGAUCACCACACUGCUUCUCUCAUCAGAAUGGCGAGCGAGUUGAACGGUACUCUCGCAAGGUGUUUGUGGGUGGCCUGCCACCUGAUAUCGAUGAAGAUGAGAUCACAGCCAGCUUUCGUCGUUUUGGCCCAUUGAUUGUAGAUUGGCCUCAUAAAGCUGAAAGCAAAUCGUAUUUUCCUCCUAAAGGAUAUGCCUUUUUGUUGUUCCAAGAUGAAAGCUCUGUACAGGCUUUGAUUGAUGCAUGUAUUGAAGAGGACGGAAAACUCUACCUGUGUGUUUCCAGCCCCACGAUUAAAGAUAAACCAGUUCAGAUCCGACCUUGGAAUCUUAGUGACAGUGAUUUUGUGAUGGAUGGCUCACAACCUCUGGAUCCACGGAAAACCAUUUUUGUAGGCGGAGUUCCACGACCCUUACGAGCAGUGGAGCUUGCAAUGAUAAUGGAUCGGCUGUAUGGAGGAGUUUGCUAUGCUGGAAUUGAUACUGACCCUGAACUGAAGUACCCAAAAGGAGCUGGGCGUGUUGCAUUUUCCAAUCAACAGAGUUAUAUAGCUGCUAUCAGUGCCCGCUUUGUUCAGCUGCAACAUGGAGAGAUAGAUAAACGGGUGGAAGUUAAGCCAUAUGUCUUGGAUGAUCAGCUGUGUGAUGAAUGUCAGGGGGCCCGUUGUGGUGGAAAGUUUGCUCCAUUUUUCUGUGCUAAUGUGACCUGUCUGCAGUAUUACUGUGAAUAUUGCUGGGCUGCUAUCCAUUCACGCGCUGGCAGGGAAUUCCACAAGCCCCUGGUGAAAGAGGGAGGAGAUCGCCCAAGACAUAUUUCAUUCCGCUGGAACUAAGUGAUUACUGCAGUGUGUUCAUAUGCAGGCCCUCAAAAUAAGUGCACUCUUCUGUUCUCCUGAUUCCUUUGCCCUCCCUCCCUAUUCCCUCUUACUCAAGAUAGCAUGUCCUGCUGUUGUAGUCUGUAACUUAAAAAUAGUGUAACAAAAGAAUGGCCUAUAAUCCUAUAGGUAUUUUGUAGAAUCUUGUCAUUAAACUUUGUGGGGAACUCCUUUUCCUAUGGAUAACACAGUGCAUGGAAGCCAGGUUCUCUUAUCUUCCUGGUUCCCCAGAGGACACUGCUUUCCUGCUAUCUUUUCUUGAAGGAAGAAAGAACAAUAUUAAGAGAAAUGAAACAAUAGAGUAUUUUGUUUUUUAAUUAAAUUAUUGCUAAUAACAAAAUCAAUAGACUACUUUUAUUAAAGUAACCAUGAGAUAGGAACACUAUGAAUCUUAUCUGACACUUUGUCCAACCAACCCGCCCUUUCCUUCUCCUUGCCCCCUUCCCUAGCCAAGCCUCUGGGAAGCCUGUUUUCUUGCCACCGAUGAUUUUAUAGCAAUGGAAACAGUUAGCUGUUAAAUUAGUGACAGAAAAGAGCAUGUUUAAAGCAACAAAAAUGCAUGAGCAAGGUUUAAAGCAGCAUUAAGUUUCUUUUUUUGUUUGAUGUAAGGGUUCUGAAGCUAAAUCUUUAGCACAGUAUUGUGUCUCACCGUGCCUCCAACUUCCCACCACAUUCAAAUUUUUACUAAUUGAGUAGGCAGAGCUUAGAUCUGUGUUCUUCAUCCAAGCAAUCACAUUUUUAAAGUUCCCGAAUGUAAAUCCUGGGUCAGUUUAUAACUGGGGGGUGGGUGGGGAGUGCACUUAUUCUUUAUUAUUGUGGUUGUUGUUGUUGUUUUGAAAGAAAUUUCAUUAUCAGAAUACAGCCCUACAAAUCCUACCAAAGCUAAAGUAAUGACAACUAGUGAACUGGCAUGUCCUCUCCUGAAGAACAAAUGUAUAGAUUUUAUUUUUGAUGGCUAUAUAGAACUCUAUAUCCUAAUUUACUAAUGUAAAUCAGAGGCCAGCCUUUGCUCUCCAUUUUGACAUGAAAUACAAGAACCUAAAGAUAUACCUCAAGAGUACAUUUUAAUUCCCCCCCCCAUUCCCACCCGCCCCCAUUCUAUUAAUCCACCCUUCCAGUACAUAUCAAAUUUUGUCUACUUCUUGGGCUUACUCUGGGAUGUGAAACCAGUUCUAACCUCCUAACAAAGCUGUAACCUAGCGAUUUAUAAGAGGGCAAAGUAAAGUUUGUUUCCAGGGAUGUUUUGCACUGUUGGCUGAAUGAAUAGGCAUGCAUGUCUGCAAAGGAUAUGUUUGUCUUUCAACAGAGAGCAAGUGAGUAAAAGGAAUCCUGACCAAAAAAAAUUGUUUGGGACUUAGCACAGAACAUAAACCAUCGCAGGACUCCAACUUGCUGAGUAAUGCAUGAAGUGUUAUAAACAUGUAGGUGGGGAACACAGCAUAUGGUAAAGCUAAGGCACAGGGUGGUGUUGAUUAGAUUGAAAUACACUUGAUGCUCUGUAAAUCUUGAGAAAAUCGAUAGGAGGGAAUGUAUCCAUCUCUUAACCACAGUAACGGGGUUGUAGCAGUGUGUAGAAAAAGCCAGUUGGAAUCUGAAACUGGCAUGAUACCACCAUAGACUCUUAAACCAAAGACUUGCUUAAGCACAGCUACAGAGAAAAAGCAUCCCUUUUGUAAGCUCUCUUCCUCCCCAUCCCUUUCCUCCAUUGCCAGUUACCUAUCAGAGGCAGUUUGGUUUUCAGUACAUGAUACAUACCCUUGUUAUUUUCCAAAGGUCAAAAUGGAGACAUUUGCUGUCUACUUGUCAAGUAGAGAAAGGGAACUCCUUUUAAUGAAUCCCUGCAAAUAUUGACAACAGGAAAUGCAAAUGGAGAGUGCUCUUUUGUAGACUGUCAGGGACCUUUUUCUCUGAAGUACAUAAUUAUAGUUGGAAUAUUCCUUUUAAUUUUUUUAAAAAAUGCUUGUAGGUGGCUUGGGGUGUCUUAUUGUGCCGAUCCUAUCCAGUGAACAGGUGAGAUGGGUUACCAUUACAAGAAAUAACACUGUUUGAGAAGUAGCUUUGAAUAAUAAUUUUUUCCCUUUGUACAUGACCUGCUGAAUUUCGGUACAGUGUUUUUGUAGCUAACUUAUUUUGUCAUGCACAUAAUGUAUAUUUGUUAUGCACUACUUUUGUAUAUCUUGUUUUUCCAACAGUGAGCAUUUUUAGGCACACUUUUCACUGACGGGAUAUCUCUUUAUGCAAUACCUCAAUUUUUCAUAUUGCAAAGAGUAGCUUUUUGUACUUUUAUUACUGAGAGAUCUUCAUAUACUUCAUUUUUUAAUAUAAAUAAUUUUAAUAAAUUUUAUUUUCUUAUAUUCUGCUUUUUAUACAUUUCAGUGCUCUGCAUACAUUUUGAAUUAUGGAUGUUGUGCACUGGCAAUGCUAUUUUAGAAUUUGCAGAGAAAAGAAAGCAUGUUGCUUAAACAUCUUUAGCCCAGCACCAGGUAUUUGGUGUACAUAUAAUUUAAGAAAUACUUAUAUGUAAAGUUGAGACUUAAAAAAAAAAGAAAUUUUUAAAAAGCAUGAAAGUGACAAAUGAGAGUUUGUCUUUAGACUCUUGAAAUUUAAUGCAUAAACAUAGAGUAGAAGUUUAACAGUAACAUCCCAAAUUGUCUACUGCUUCUUAAUAGAUUUUUAAAAAUAAUACACAAAUGCAGAUGUUUUUUGGUGAAUGUUUAGCCAUUUUUAAUCUUAACAAAUUGAUGUUAGGUGUUUGCAGAGAUGUGUCUGCGCUUUUAAAUCAUAUUUAAGGAAAUAAACUCAAGCCUGCCCAAUGGUGGGCAUGUAAUGUUAGUAUGCAUGACUAAUAUUAAAAAAAAAUGUUAUUCUACUAAUAUUCACUUGUGGUGAUUGUGUGAAAAGCGUGUUUACAGAUUAUUUGGUUACACUUCAAUUUACAGGGCAUAAAUGAUUAUCUCUAUUACUCUGUACUCAAAAUAGUGCUAAUAUAAUAUGUCCUUCAGAUUACAUGGAAAGUGGAGUUGCCAUGUCACUCCAAGCAUAACUAACAUGUAAUUAGUUUUAAAAUCCUAGGGUAUCACUUUAUUUUAAAGGGGUGUAAACAAGCAUGUCAUUUUCUUUCAGAAGCAUGGCACUGGCCAUGUAUUUACAAUGUAAUUACAGAGUAAUUACAUGGUUAUUUUUGCAAUGUAAAAUAAAGUGUUUCUGAUUUAUUUUAUAUGUAAAAGAACCCCACUGCCCCGUGCUUUUUUGGUAUAUAGUAUCUACUUCUCCAUACACAGACCUCUGCAGAACGCAAAUCUAAAACUUGCAGUGAAUGACUUUAGUGUUUUAUAAGGAUGCUGUUGGAAAGACUUGAUAAUUCACCCCUUUUUGUUUCUUGAAGAGUUAAAGCCUUCUGUUUUAAAAGGUGAUUUAAAACUUGAAUGUGAUGAAUUGUGGCAAGUUAACUUCAAGUUAUGUGCAAUACUUAUUUCAGACUUCUGGAAGAUCUUUGCAGUGUAAUUCUUUGUUUUUAAUUGCAGACAUUUAAAAAUGUCAUUUUCUACUGUUCUAGUAAAUCCUCUUUCUUGCUGGUGUUUCUAAAGAAAAGAAUCAGAAAUCAAUCUUUCUACUAAUGUAAAUUUGAGAUUAUUUUUUAAAAAAAGGAAUAAAAGAGGUUUUGGUCAUUUGCUUUAUUUUAUUAUCUUAUUUUAAAGCUACUGUGAUUGAUAGCAUUGUAAGAAUUGGGACAAUAUUGUAUUCAACUGUUUUAUUUUUUAUAUUUUUAAAAUUUAAAGUAUAAUUAGUUUUUAUAAUUUUCAUCAGAUUCUUUUGUUAUAUUUUUUGGAAGUGAAACUUUUAGCAAGUGGGUGUCUAGUUUUUACUAAUCCCUAAUAUGUUUUUCCCCAAUGUAAUGCUCAUAUUAUCAGAAGGAAAAGUUAUUUAAGUAUGUCAGUUACUUGUACUACUUGGCUGAAUUUCCAUAUAGUUUUUACUGUGUAUGGGGAGGUUGUAGUAUUUAUUAUAGCAUUUUAAAUAAGGGUAAUUCAUUUUUUAUUAAAGUCAUUUUCACAAUUUAAGUUCAUAUUUUUGUAUGUUCUACUCUAAGUUAUAACACAAGUUUCUUUUUUUAAGAGAGUUCAUUUGUUGAAGUGCUAGUGGAAAAUUAAUGUUAUUAAAUAGUUUGCAAAUGACUAUUUAUAGCAGUAUGCAUAUAAUUUUUAAAUAUUUGUAAUGUGAGAUGUUGAAUGAAUAAAACUUUUAACUCAA